UGGGGAAAAAAAAAAAAGAGUAGCGAAGCGAGCACGAGCGGCAAAGUUCUCGCGUGCGCUUUAUAUGCACUUUAGAAAGAGUUGUGCGCGUGCGCGGUCCAGCGACAAGAAGAAAACAACAAACAAACAAACAAACAAACAAACCCAGGUCGUCGGUCGGUCGGUCCAUGAAGGCGUCUGUAGGAGACAGGUAUGUCCCGGUACACCGGGAACUCGCUCUCGCAUUGAAGAAGCAGGUGCACUGAAUACGCGCUUCUGAUUAAUGAACUGGGUUUUGUGGCGCUGGUUUGAACAAACAAACAAACAAACAAACAAAAACAGUUUAAUUCUCGUUCACCGGCUGGAACAGUGAUGUAGGGCGCGCGCUCCGGCUCCAAUUGGUUUACGUGGAAAAACAGAAAGGAAGGAAGGAAGGAAGAAAGGAGACUCGGAUGUGCUGAAGGGAUUCGCUUCCAUUUACUUUGUUUUGCCGAAGGCAUUUAUUUGUUUAUUUAUUGAUUAUUGAUUGAUUUGUUUGUCCACCUGUUAAGUAAUGGAAGUCGCGAGCUCGAGCGCCGCACGCGCGUGCUGAGCCUCGAGCGCAUCCUGGAGGAGCAAACAGACAGCGCGGCGCGCGAGAGCAGGAGCUGCGCGUUUCCGCUGGAGAGCCGGAGCCGGGACCGCGCGUUUCCGCUGGAGAGCCGGAGCCGGGACCGCGCGUUUCCGCUGGAGAGCCGGAGCCGGGACCGCGCGUUUCCGCUGGAGAGCCGGAGCCGGGACUGUGCGUUUCCGCUGGAGAGCCGGGACCGCGCGUUUCCGAUGGCGAAGACGCUGAAGAAGAAGAAGCACUGGGCGAACAAAGUGCAGGAGAGCGCGGUGUCGUGGGGCGGCGGGGAGCUCAGCUCCGUGCUGGAGAUCUGCGGCGGCGCCGAGCGCGGAGAGUUUCCGUACAUCAGCCACGGCUUAGCGGCUGCUGCUUCCUCCGCGGGGGCGCUGCGGUGGCACGCGGGCCGAGCACCGAGUCCCGGAGACGUGCUGCUGGAGGUGAACGGCACGCCCGUCAGCGGCCUCACGCACCGCGACACACUCGCCGUCAUCCGCCACUUCCGGGAGCCCGUGCGCCUCAAGACCGUCAAACCGGGUAAGGUGUUAAACACGGAUCUGCGCCACUACCUCAGCCUGCAGUUCCAGAAAGGCUCCUUGGACCACAAGCUUCAGCAAGUGAUACGAGACAACCUGUACCUCCGAACCAUCCCCUGUACCACAAGACAGCCGCGGGAGGGGGAGGUUCCCGGCGUGGACUACAACUUCAUCAGUGUGGAGGAGUUCCGCGUCCUGGAGGAAAGCGGGCUGCUGCUGGAGAGCGGAACAUACGAUGGUAAUUAUUACGGCACCCCGAAACCUCCGGCCGAGCCCAGCCCUGUGCAGCCUGACCUGGUGGACCAGGUGCUGUUCGACGAGGAGUUUGAAACCGAGGUGCAGCGCAAACGGACCACCUCCGUCAGCAAGAUGGAGAGGAAGGACAGCACGGCGCCUGAGGAAGAAGAAGAAGAGGAGAGGCCGGCACUGGUGAACGGACUUGCAGAGCAUAAGGAAGGCACCGCCGACUGGAGGAAGACCGUACCCAGCUACACGCAGCCCGGCAGUGCCAUGGACCUCGGGGCCUGGAGCAUGCUGCCCGGAGACGAGAACCAGGAAAGGCUGCCCAAGAACUGGGAGAUGGCCUACACCGAAACCGGCAUGGUCUACUUCAUAGAUCAUAACACAAAGACUACAACCUGGCUGGACCCUCGGCUGGCGAAGAAAGCUAAACCCCCUGAGAAGUGUGACGAAGGAGAGCUGCCGUACGGCUGGGAGAAGAUCGAGGACCCGCAAUAUGGCACCUACUACGUGGACCACAUCAAUCAGAAGACCCAGUUCGAGAACCCUGUGAUGGAAGCAAAGAAGAAAACCAACCAGGAGACACCCAUGGCGAGCCAGCCAGGAAUAGCACCCUCGGAAGAUGGCUCUCUGAGGAGUUUCACACGUGACCCAUCGCAGCUACACGGGACGAUGUUGCGCACAGCCCUGAGGAAGAGCACACACGGUUUCGGCUUCACCAUCAUCGGCGGAGACAGACCGGACGAGUUCCUGCAGGUGAAGAACGUGCUGAGGGACGGCCCUGCGGCGCAGGACAAGAAGAUCGCCCCUGGGGACGUCAUCGUAGACAUCAAUGGCACAUGUGUGCUCGGUAAAACCCACGCAGACGUGGUGCAGAUGUUCCAGUCAGUCGCCGUGAACCAGUACGUGGACAUGGUGUUAUGCCGAGGCUACCCCCUUCCCGAGGAUGCCGGCGACGAGGCUGCAGGAGAAGGCGCAGCCGCACCACCGGCCGAUCGGCAGGCGCUUGUAACCGACGGGCGACUGGAGGACGCCCCCGAGCUCACGCUGCUGCAGCCGGAGCUGGUGAGCGUGACGCUGGCGAAGGGGCCGAGCGGAUUUGGGUUUGCCAUCGCCGACUGCCCGUUGGGCCAGAAGGUGAAGAUGAUCCUGGACGCUCAGUGGUGCCGCGGCCUGCUCAAAGGCGACGUGAUUAAAGAGAUCAACCGGAAGAACGUGCAAACGCUGAGCCACACGCAGGUGGUGGACAUCCUGAAAGAGCUGCCCCUCGGCUCCGAGGUCAGCGUGCUCGUGCUCAGAGGAGGUCAGACGUCUCCUGUGAAGUCUCUGAAGCCUUGUGCCACGGCAGUGCCAAUGCCAGUGACCCAGAAGCAAGAAACAACCACCAGCACGGACAGUCCGAGUCCUGUUGAGCCUCUUCCCCAGUCGCUACCCACAGCUCCUCCCCAGUCGCUGCCCUUCCCUCCCAACAUGGUACGCUCCAGCUCGCCCAAACUGGACCCGUCUGAACUCUAUCUCAAAUCCAAAGCCAUCCUUGACAGCAAGCCUACCAACACCAAGGAACUGGACGUGUUUAUUAAAAGGAACCAGGAGUCCGGCUUUGGCUUCAGAGUGUUGGGCGGGGAAGGAACAGAUCAGCCUGUGUACAUUGGUGCUAUCGUUCCGCUGGGUGCAGCAGAGAAGGAUGGGCGUCUGCGGGCAGGUGACGAGCUCUUGUGUAUUGAUGGUGUUCCUGUAAAAGGAAAAUCCCACAAGCAGGUCCUGGAGCUGAUGACCAACGCCGCACGCAACGGCCAGGUCAUGCUCACUGUGCGCAGGAAGUUCCUCUACACAGAAGGAAGAGAGGAUGACGGUGGCCAGCCCCAGACAACUCCCCCUCAGGUUAACGGCUCUCCCAGACAUCCUCAUGCAGGCGCUCCCGUUCUGUCCCAGCCCGAGCCGUAUGACGUCACGCUGCAGCGCAAAGACAACGAGGGCUUUGGCUUCGUCAUCCUCACUUCAAAGAACAAACCACCACCAGGAGUAAUUCCUCAUAAGAUCGGACGGAUCAUCAAGGGCAGUCCUACAGAACGCUCCGGAAAGCUUCAAGUGGGUGAUCGAAUCUCAGCCGUCAACGGCCAGUGCAUCGUGGAUCUCUCGCACAACGACAUCGUGCAGCUGAUCAAGCAGGCUGGCAAUACUGUCACCCUCACUGUGCUUUCUGAGGAAGAGCACAGCGGCCCUCCGUCAGCUGCCAGUUCAGCCAAGCAAAGCCCAGUGGCUCAGCACAAAGCCAUGGGACAGCAGCCUGCCAGCCGCGAUGACAGCAAUGCCCCUGAUACGGAGGAGAGAGAAGAGGGUGUGGCCUGGGGUAACUACAGAUCCCUCCCUAAGAAUGAGACGGGCAUCAUGAUCACCUCCGGCCCCAAGCAGGGCUGUUUCCCCGUGGAGCUGGAGAGAGGGCCACGUGGCUUUGGCUUUAGUUUACGGGGAGGGAAGGAGUACAACAUGGGCCUGUUCAUCCUGAGGCUGGCUGAGGACGGCCCAGCGCUGAAGGACGGCAGAAUACAUGUGGGAGAUCAGAUAGUGGAGAUCAAUGGCGAGCCAACCCAAGGCAUCACACACACGCGGGCCAUCGAGCUCAUCCAAGCAGGAGGCACGAAGGUGCUGCUGUUACUGCGGCCAGGCCAGGGCCUGAUUCCUGAUCACAAUGUUAUGGAGAUGGUGACAACUCCACCCGCAAACUAUCCAAAGUACCAUGUACCUGAUGAGCCAUCAAUGCUAAAAGCUUCAUCCUCCCCGUCCCUCUUACCCUCUGACGGCAUGUCAGGCCCUUCUCCUUCUCGCGGUCACCAUCACCAACCCAGAGAACCCAGAACAAGCAAUUCCAGCCCGUCCUUCCGUGACAGCACUCCUAGCCCCCAGAAAUUGGACACUUCACGCACAGAGGUGAAAGAGUGUUCACGUAGCCCGAGGAAAAUGGAAAAGAAGCCUUCUGUUUCUGUGAAAACCAAAAACACCAACGCGAGCACUCAGAGUCUGGAUGUAUACACGGACAGGAAAGCCCAGGGCCAAGGGGACAGAGGUGGACGUUCAGCAAGCCCAAGAAAGAGUCCCAGAAAAGACCAAGAGACAGGCACCAGACAGCCAUCGAAGGGAUAUGAGGAACCACAGAGAUAUUCUGACGGGAAGCAUUUUCAUUUUGGAUCUGGAGGGAACCUGUCCAAAGAGGAAGACCUCGACCUCCGACAGGACAAGGAGACCGGAGAGACGAGGCCCGAGAUCGCGAGAUCGGACAAUGAACGGCGUCACAGAAGGGAGAAGGGGGUCGAGAGGGACGCAGUACCUCAGAGGUCCCAAUCUCAGAUCCUUAAUGACGUGUCAGAAUAUCAGUCUACGACCCUGAACCGCAAAGGCCAUCGAGAACCAAAAGAGGGCAGGUACAGAGGGGGAGCAGGCGAGGAGAGCAAAAGGGAUACGAGGGGAUCGAGCAGCGUUCCACCGGAGACUUCCUGGAAUGGGAACUCCAGCAGCAAGAAGGCUCCCAUCACCCCUGGUCCAUGGAAAGUCCCCAGCUCUGCCAAGAUGCACUCUCAGGUGGAGGGGCUCUGAUGCUUGGUGGAGUUCACCAGAAACACCAGGACAUUUCUGACGGUUCCUCUGAAUCACUGUGUAAUUGAUGCAUAUUUUUUUUUUACCCGACUUGUACAGCAUACUGUAUCUCCACCGACUUUGAGACGACACAUUCAUGCUCACGGUAUUCCAUGUUUUAAAGUGUCCCGGUUGGUGCGUUUUUGGUUCCCCCACCGGUCAUUCUUGUACCGUGCCAAUCAGAGACUCCUGCUGGAAAGACUUGACACAAAUCCUGUUCGGUGUGACCAUUGAAUGCUCUGUUUUUUUUCCGGAAAUGUGAAGGAGUGCUUUUUUAUUUCUUUUGCUUUGUGUUUUUUUUUUUUCCCCUUCAGAUUCAGCGUGUACAGUCUUCUACCUUGUUUGAGAUGCAGUGUGUCCUUAACGCAUCUGUGCAGUUUGCUUCGUCCUCGCACGUAUGGUAUAAUUCAACCAAACGACGCUAACCACGUACACGCUGAAUGAAAGCCAGACGUCGGCUUCGAUUCAUCGUUCGCUGAUUUCUAGACGUGUGAUCAGAGCGCGCACAUAUAUUAUUUAAGCUCAACAUUACAGUGCUCAGCUUUGCAGCGCGUUUUUGAUCAUUUCGAAAGACGGUUCCUACUUUAACUGACCUGAUACUUGUGCUUAAGUAUAUUGUUUACUACACGUGAGCUGAUGAAGAACACUAUGUAAUUUAUUGAAAAAAAAAAAUUUGCAAAAAUCUUAAUAUCUCUGUAAUCAUAUCGAAACAUUGUGCUCCAGAUCCUGAAAGAGCUUCGUUCAUCCCUCCCCGCUUUAGGGUUGCUGGCUCGGUGCACAACGUGCUUAAGGGUAUGUCAUUUUCUCCUCGCUGUAGCUUUUACUAUUAUGCAUUGUGUAUCAUAGAGGAAGAUGUGUAUAUCGAGGUUAACACUAAAUAAAAUAAAUUAACUAAAUGAUUAAAUGAAGGUAAAAUGGGGAUGUGGAGGCCCGGGGUAAAUCAUAUUUUUUCAGACAAUCUAACAUCUAUUUUGUCAUUUCUUUAUAUCUUCAAAAACCAUAUAUGGAUCAAAUGUUUAGUAAUCAGAUAUUAUUAUUAUUGGAAAGCAGAUUGAUGUAAAAUAAGAUCUAUGCUGUUUUAAAGCCAAAAUAUUAUAUAUUACCCGGACGUGAGCGUUUACUGGGAAAUGCACCACUCGUAUUUUUCAUCCGAGCUCCAUCCGGGACAUGGAGAACCAAAACCGUGACAAACCUCUGUACGUCACUCGUGAGAAAAUCGAUGAGUUUUGUUUUUUAAUAAAUGUGGGUCCUUUUUGUUUGUGAAUGUGUCGAUAUAAUAAAAAGAAAAUCACACGUCGGCUUGAAGGUAUGAAGUUUAUCUUCUGUUGAAAAACUCACGUUUUUCAUCCGAAACGCAUCACAGAUCUGAGUGACGUAUUUCAAUAAUACUGAUGGUAUAUCAGAUGUAUUCCAUUCGACUCGUUCAAUAUCAUGCUAGCUGAAUGGAAUAUACCAUGAAAAAAGUCGUUAUUAUUAUUAUUAUGCGUACACGUUGCUUUUGGGCGUUCAACGUGUCUCGAUUUCAAAAUUCUCUCAAAAUCUUCCGUAUUUAAUGACGCAAACCUGGCGGACAUGUUCUGCUUACAAAUUGUCGCAGUCGCUCGCCAGCGCCGAGGUUUUACAUGUAACGCGUAUCUUACGGCAUUUUCGAUUCAGUGCAACGGGUUACUGCAGGCGCCAUCGAAGAACAGAGAAAUGGUUCUGCGUGCGCGUAGCAGAAAACUUUCUCACUGAAUAUUCGCAUCAGCGCCGACGUGUGACGUCAUGUCGUCUUGACAACCAUGCAAUAUCGUAAACCGUAUUCAAACCGUACUCUUUCUCCGUUGGGUAGACUGACGUAAUACGCGUACGAUAAGCGACAUGCUGACAAUAUUGCAUGCUAUCAAACCAAAUGAACGAAACCCGCUAGAAGAGCAUGUUUUUAUUUCAUGGAAAAAGUGUCCUGUAUGGAUAAUAAUUCCUGAUAUUUCACUCCGAUUACGUCACUCGCAGUGUUUUCCCUCUGACUAGACGUGCACUGUUAAAAUGGCGACCCGGUUCAAAAUUAAAAUUCUUUUGAUUAAUUUGUAUAUAUAUAUAUUUUUUGUGUGUGCGUGUGUAGAUGCGUCCAUAUAAUAUAAAGAACGUUACACGGUGGCGUGAAGAUAUGAAGUUUUUCGUGUUGAAAAUAUUUUCACUCGUUUGCUGCGCUCAUUCGUGAAUAUGUUCACCGCUCGAAGAUAAACUUCAUAUCUUUGCACACAGCUGUUAUUUAAAAAAAUAUAUAUGUAUCGCUGAUUUGGUGGUGUGCAUCUACGUGGGUUUUGCAUUACAGUUCAGACUUUAUCUUUCCCAUUCGACCCUUAGAGUACGCACGUCCCACAGUCCACUGCGCCCGCGGGAACUUCCAGUGGCCACGCCCAGGCUGCUGAUAACGGUACACAAACCAAUAUUGGGUGAUAUAAUCGGUUUCGAUGUUCAAAUAUCAGACGUUCAAAUAUUAUUUCAGGUUUAUUUUAUGUGGUCUUACAGAUUUUUUUUUUUCAAGAUUAAAGGAACAGUCCACCGU